AUGUCGGGUAAAUUUUUCUCAAACAAUCACUAUGAUUCGUCAAGUAUUUUUGAAUUUAAAGAUCUUUCAGCAUCCACUAAGGAAGUCCUCAGUAAAGUUUACUCUAACCUAGCCCUUCUAUCAGUAAGCUGCGCCUUGGGAAUAAUCGGGAACAUGUUUCUAGGUAUUGGAGGAAAAUUAACAGGAUUUGCUUCGCUUAUGUGCUUUCUCCUUUUUAUUGGUGCAGGCCAAAAGAGUCCAUGGAGAUUUCCUCUUCUUUCAUUAUUUGUAUUCUUAGAUGGUGUAAGUAUUGGUCCACUUAUUAGCCUUGCCUUAGAAGUUGAUCCUUCUAUUCUGAUUCAAGCCCUUUUUGCUACCUUUGGGAUUUUUAUAAGCUUCAGCUAUACAGCACUCAAGUCAGAUAAAAGACACUUCUUAUACUUACUCCCCCCCCUCCGCGAGUGAACAAAAAAAUUUUGUUCACUCACGGAGGGGGUUUUAUUUUUUCAAAAUUUUUUUUUCGAAAUUUAAAAAAUCCUAAUUCGCAAAAAUUGGAAAGUAAAUAUUAAUUUAAUUUAUAAAAUUUAUGUUUUAAAAAGCAAUUCGUUUAAAAUUAAACAGAAUUAGCUCUAGAUUUCAUUAUACUAAUUAUCACUUAUAUAUCAAAAUUUUUUUUUCCAUAAAAAAAAAUUUUUUCAAAAAUUUUUUUGUUUCACUCACAGAGGGUGGGCUUUUGGGCAAAAAAUAGCGAUUUUUUUUAUGGUUUGUUCACUCACGGAGGGGGGAGUUAGGAGGGAUUUUAGGAAUGUCAACCCUCUUCAUUCUAGUUUGCUCAAUUUUAGGAAUGCUUGGGUUGGCAUCAAACUUUAUGUUUAAUAUUCAGCUUUAUGUAGGAUUGCUUGUAUUCUGUGGAUAUGUGAUUUAUGAUACCCAGGUUAUGAUUCUACAGAUUGAGAUGGGAAAUAAAGACGACUUGGCUCAUGCCAUGAACUUGUUUAUAGACUUGCUGGGGGUCUUUGUAAGAAUUUUGAUCAUUUUACUAAAGAAUGCCAAAGAUAAGAAAAAGGAUUAA